UGCAUUCUGAAACUUACGUUAUGCUGUGUGAUUGCCUUUUAACUCCCCUCUACGAAAUGGCCUACUUUGAUGCCACUGAUUUCCAUAUUUUUAAUUUAAAAAUCUCAAGUGGCCGAAGGUGAGGAAAAUCCGAUACUGCAAAACAAGAAAUCGAUGUUGCCAACUAAAUAGAGAAGGUGUGAAGAAUAUUUAAGAUGCUCGAAUGAAACUGGUGUCUGUAGAAGCUUCUUGUCAAGCUUCUUGAGUGUUGUUGGAGCUGGAGUCAUCCAGGCAAGCGGGAAGUAUUUCAUCACUCCUGGCUUGUAGGCAGUCAGGAGAUGCUCCUUCAAUGAUUAUCAAGAAGUGCAGAAAUGGAUCAGAUGGCAGUGACCUCAUCCGCAUAUCAGCCUGAAGAUGACGAAUUUGAUAGAAAUUGCCCACGGAUCUGUGGCGUUUGUGGGGACAGAGCUACUGGUUUUCAUUUCAAUGCCAUGACCUGUGAAGGCUGUAAAGGCUUCUUUAGGAGAAGCAUGAAGAAAAAGGCCAAUUUUACAUGUCCUUUUAGUGGCAACUGUUCAAUUACAAAGGAUAACAGAAGACAUUGUCAAGCAUGUAGACUCAAGCGAUGCCAGGAUAUUGGCAUGAUGAAAGAAUUCAUUUUAACAGAUGAAGAAGUUCAGCGGAAAAAGGAGAUGAUUUUAAAACGUAAAGAAGAAGAAGCAUUAAAGGAGGCAAAGAAACCAAAGUUGUCAGAUGAACAAGAAAAGUUGAUUGCCUUAUUAAUUGAUGCACACCAUAAAACAUUCGAUGCAUCGUAUUCAUACUUCAGCCAAUUCAGACCACCAGUCCGGGAUCAAUCUAAAAUGGAAGAAUCCGAACAAUCCACUUCUACUGAUGCGUCACAGAAUCUCUGCUCAGCUGAUUCUUUUGCUUUUGAUUCCUUCAGUGCUUCCAUCCCGGAAGGUUGCAAUCUGUCCAUAGAUAUGUCGGAGCUACCAAAAUUGGAUUUAUCCAUCUUUGGGAUGUUUCAUGAUGGCAUUAACAGUCCCAAGAGGAAUGAAAAACUAACUAUGCUGCCUCAUCUGGCUGAUCUGGUCUCUUACAGCAUACAGAAAGUAGUUGGCUUUGCAAAGGCCAUCCCUGGAUUCAGGGAGUUGCUUGCGGAUGACCAAAUUGCCCUUCUGAAGUCAAGUGCAAUUGAAAUUAUUAUGCUACGAUCAAACGAGUCCUUCUCAGUGGAGGAUAUGUCCUGGAAAUGUGGAAAUGAUGAGUUCAAAUAUGAUAUAAAUGACGUCACCAGAGCUGGCCAUUCCCUGGAAUUGCUCGAACCACUGAUAAAAUUUCAAGUUGGCCUGAAGAACCUGAAUUUACACGAACCAGAACAUGUUCUUCUAAUGGCCAUCUGCAUCCUUUCACCUGACCGUCCCGGAGUACAGAACCGUGUUCAAGUGGAGCGUGUUCAAGAUGGGUUAUCCGAGACGCUACAGUCAUACAUCCGAGCCAAACAUCCACCUCCAGGCAAUCGGUUAUUGUAUCCGAAAAUGAUCCAGAAGUUGACAGACCUCCGGACCCUAAGCGAGGAACAUUCCAAACAGUUCCAGUCUCUGACCAUUAAUCCUGAUUGUAGCACACAGCUUACACCACUUGUGCUGGAGGAAAAAAUUGGAUAUUGAGUAAUAAAUUGCUGUUUGAAUCAACUUUAAAAAAUACUUCAAUGAAAAGAAUAUCCUAUGGCUACCAUGUGAUGCAGUAAAACCCAGAUGUCAGCAGACAAUGAUAGGAGUGAGACAGGUCCAUUAAACAAGGAGUUUGCAGACGACUUGAGGAUUUUGUUUGGAUCCAUGGAAAUGAGACUGGGAGUAAAGGAACAUUUACAGGUGUGGCUGGGCGUCUAAAGAGCCUUACAGUGUCUCUGGGUGUUAAUUAUAUGCUCUUGAAGCCCUUCAAUAAAAGGAGGAGUAAUAAUUGCAUUUUUUUAAAACUCAUGGUUGAUUCCUAUUGUCUUGCUUGAACCUGAUGCACUGCAUUGGCACAUCUCUUUCCAUUGAAAGACUCAAUUUAAAGGCUUCCAUAAGAUCAGACUCUUUCAAGGCCUUCCUCGCCUGCUUCACAUGGCCAAGUGAUACUUCAAUUACUACUUCAGAAAACUUUUACUCUUCCUUGCCAAAGCAAAAGUUGCUCAGUAGUGUUUGGCUUUUUAAGCUGCUGCAGCCAUUUAAAACCGUCAAGAGAAUCAAGUUUCCUGCUGCAAAAUAGCAAACUCUGAAUCCAAAGGUGAUUCAAGUGCAGGCAUAACCCCAAAAUUUCUAAUGAUGCUCAUCCUGAACAUUUGGGGGACUUAUUAAAUCAUUGAAUCAGCAGUAAAUCAUUCUAGUCAUUUGAAACAGUGAACUUGCAGUAAUAAGUGUACGUUCUUCCAAUUUCUCCCCUCCCUAUUUGAGUUUCAUUUGCAUUUUGCUUUUUUUGGCUUUUCGUACUUUAUAAACUUUUGAAUUCUUUCUAUUCUGUCACAUUACUGAAGCAGGACCGAUUUCUUCCUUUUAUUGGUUUCACAAUAAUAUAUCUUUGUUUGCUUUCUUUCUGUCUUUCCAUUAAUUCACGAAUUUAAUCCAUACUUAGACUUUUCUUCCUCUAACCCAGUCAGCAAUGCCUAUCUAGUUUGAUUUUAUUGCAUCUGAAUGUCCUAAAAAACAUUACCAAAAGAAUGUGGAUGCUUUGGAGAGGGUGCAGAGGAGGUUCACCAAGAUGUUGCCUGGUAUGGAGGGCGUGAGCUAUGAAGAAAGGUUGAGUAGAUUAGGAUUAUUUUCAUUAGAAAGAUUGAGGGGGUGACCUGCUUGAGGUCUACAAAAUCAUGAGGGGUAUAGACAAGGUGGAUAGCAGGAAGCUUUUUCCCAGAGUGGGGGACUCAAUUACUAGGGGUCAUGAGUUCAAAGUGAGAGGAGGAAAGUUUAUGGGAGAUAUGCGUGGAAAGUUCUUUACGCAGAGGGUGGUGGGUGCCUGAAACGCAUUGCCAACGGAGAUAGUAGAUGCAGACACGACAGUCUUUUAAGAUGUUUCUGGACAGGUACAUGGAUGGGCAGGGAGCAAAGGGAUACAGACCCUUAGAAAGUAGAUGACAGGUUUAGACAGAGGAACUCGAACAGCAUAGGCUUGGAGGGCCAAAGGGCCUGUUCCUGUGUUGUAAUUUUCUUUGUUCUUUGUUUUCUGUUCUCUUUUGUUUAAAUUGGUAAUUUAAUGGGCUGGAUGUUAUCAGGUCCCAGUGGCAGGAAUGGAGGCAGAAGGCUGAUACAAAAGCAGGAAACAGUGUCAGGAUGUCUCCCUGGCCGUCACACUGUCCAUGGAGGCGAGCAACUAACUUGCACAUUCAGGACAAUUACAGGCCGGUAUGCUGAGUGAGCUAACAGAGUAACUCCCAUUACGAGGGGUGACCACCAGGGUGGCCUUCCUGCAGCAACUGAGGGUUCCAUCAGAGCUAGUGGUCCCAUGGCCCAAAGAGAGAUGGAUUGGUCAUGGGUGAUUUUCCAUACAAACGUGCAAAUUGUGAGCAGGAGAGGCCAGUCAGUCAUACAAGUCUGCUGUGCCACUCAAUAAGAUCAUGGCUAAUCUGAUUAUUCUGCAAUCCCUUGCCUUUCACCCCCUUGUUUAUCAAGAAUCUAUUCACCCUGCCUUAAAAUACUCAGCUUCAACCACCUGCCUUUUUUAAUUUGUUCGUGGGACGAGGGUGUCACGGACCAGGCAGCAUUUAUUGUCCAACCCUAAUUGCCCAGAGGGCAGAUAAGAGUCAACCACGUUGCUGUGGGUCUGGAGUCACAUGUAGGCCAGACCAGGUAAGGAUGGCAGUUUCCUUCCCUAAAGGACAUUAGUGAACUAGAUGGGUUUUUCCUGACAAUGGAAUCCCAAAAUUCCAGAUUUUUAUUGAAUUCAGAUCCCACCAUCUGCCAUGGUGGGAUUCAUACCUGUGUCUUCAGAACAUUAAUUGAGUCUCUGGAUUACCAGUCCAGUGAUAAUACCAUUAGGCCAUUGCAUCGCCCCUUUUGAUGAAGAGAGUUCCAAAGUCUCUCAACUCCCUGAGAGGAAACAUUUCUCCUAUUCUCAGUUAUAAAUGGGUGACCCCUAGUUCAAGACUUUCCCAUAAGAGGAAAUGUUUCAAUCAAGUUGCCUCUUAAUCAUCUAAACUCUAUUGGAUACAAGCCUAGCCUGUCCAACCCUUCCUCAUAGGACAACCAGCUAUCCCAGGUACUAAUAAUCCUUCCCUGAACUACUUCCAACACAUUUACAUCCUUUGUUUUAUGAAUAAGGUGACCAGUAUUGUACACAGUAUUCCAGAUGUGGUCUCACCUGUGCCUUAUAUAAGUGAAACAUAAACCCUACUUUUAUGUUCUAUUUCACUUGCAGUGACUAAUAAUAUUCUCUCAACUUUCCUAAUUGCUUGCUGUCUCUGCAUAUUAACCUUGCAUGAUUUACGUGUUAGGACACCCAGAUCCCUCUGCAUCUCAUGGCUCUGAAAUCUCUCAUCAUUUAGAUUAUCUGUUCUUUUUUAUUCUUCCUGCCAAAAUGGAAAAUUCCAUAUAUUUUUCUCCAUUUACCAGAUCGUUGCCCACUUGUUUAACCUGUGUUUAUCCCUUUGUAGUCUCAUUAUGUUCUCUUCACAACUUGCAGAGAGGUUUUGGCUUUGUCACACAGAUGAAACUGCCCUUGGCCCCUGAAGUUUUAAUUUUUAAUGCCUACCAAGGACAGCUCUGUUGAUGUGUCCAAGUGGUCUCCUGCCUUCUUCAGCAGUGUCCACUGUUCCUCAAGAUGCUGCCGAGGCUUUCGACCUGCCAGCCUUCCGACUGGAGCAAAGGCAUCAGGAGCCUGUUGGCUAUCCUUACCACUAUCUAUCCUUACUCAGACAGUUGGUCCACACAUGGCCAACUAGGAGAUCACCUGACGUAAAUAGAGUCAUAGAGUAAUACGGCAUGAAAACAGGCCCUUCAGCCCAAACUGGUCCAUGCUGAACCUGGUGCCCACUCAGCUAGUCCCAGUUGCUCGCAUUUGGUCCAUAUCCCUCUCAACCCUUCCCAUCCAUGUACCUACCCAUACGUUUUUUAAAUGCUGCUAUUGCAACUGCCUCAACCACUUUCUCUGGCAGCCCAUUCCAUAUAUGCACCACUCUCUGCAUGAAGAAGAUCCCCCUGAGGCCCUUCUUAAAUCUGUCCUCUCUCACCUAAACCUAUGCCUUCAUCCUAUCUAUGCCCCUCACGAUUUUAUACACCUCAAUAAGGUCACCCCUCAUUCUCCUGCAUUCCAAGGAAUAAAGUUCUGUCCUGGCCACUUCUCCCUAUAACUCAGGCCAACUAGUCCUGGCAACAUCCUCGUAAAUCCUGUUCGCUCACUUUCCAGGAUAACUGUGUCUUUCCUAUAACUGGGUGACCAAAACUGUACACAAUACCCCAAGUGUAGCCUCACCAAUGACUUAUACACCUGUAACAUAACAUCCCAACUCCUAUACUCAGUGCCUUGACCGAUGAAGGCCAGCAUGCUAAAUACCUUCUUCACCAUCCUGUUCACCUGUGACACCGCUUUCAACAAAGUAUGUACUUGUACUCCUCGGUCCGUCUGUUCCACAACACUCCUCAGGACCUUAUCAUUAACUAUAUAAAUCAAGUGCAACACCUCACACUUAUCUGUAAUGAAUUGCAUUUGCCAAUCCUCAGCCCACUUCCCCACCUGAUCAAGAUCCCUCUGUAAUUUUUGAUAACUUUCCUCACUAUCAACAAUACCUCCUAAUUUUAUAUCAUUUGCAAACUUAUUAAUCAUGCCUUAUACAUUCGCAUCCAGGCCAUUCAUGUAAAUAACAAAUAACAAAGGCCCCAGCACUGACCCCUGUGGCACACCAUGAGUCACAGGCCAGCGAGUCCCACUGCCGGCAUAUGCAGACCUGGGGAACCCACUUUUCAGCCCAUUGUCUGUGUCGUGAAGCCCACUGUAAAAUUGAGCCUUAUAUCUUUGCUCUGAUUUAUUUGCACUUAGCUAUAUAUGUGGCCCAAUUUUCUGGUCAGUGGUCAACCAAGUUUGCUUGCCACUGAGCUCAAAAACAAAACUGCCCACACAGUGGAGGAAAUUUGCCGUUCCUCACAGCAGUUUAAACCUGAUCUCAAGCAGCAUGGGGGUCUUGACAAACAGCUGCAAGCAGAUAGGCAACCAAUCAAAUUGAAGCCCAUGCAGCAUAUCUGGAAAUUGAAACCACUUAAACAUUUUUCACUUUUAUAUUUUCAGACAGUCAAGUAAAUGUAUGACUAUAUUGGAGGUGAGAGCUAACAUAAGAUAAAUAGACUUAAAGCAGAUAAUGUAAGAGGCAUUCAGCCCUUUGUGCUCAAUCUCCAUUUAAGGAGAUCAUGGCUGAUCUUCUACCCCAUCACCAUUUUCCUGCACUAUCUUCAAGCCCCUUGAUAUCUUUAAUAUCCAGAAAACAACCAUUCUCUGUCUUGAACAUUCUUAAUGACUGAGCAUCCUCUGGCCUCUGUGAUAGGGAAUUCCAAGGAUUCGCCCUCUCUGACUGAAGAAAUUCUUCCUCAUCUCAGCCCUAUUUUGCCUGCCGUUAUUCUUAGACUGUGUCCCCUAGUUCUAGCUCCCCCCAAAAGAAGGCCAAGGGGAAACAUUCUUCUGGCAAGGCUCUUAAGUAAUUAUAGGUAAAGAAGAAAAGUGUUUGGAUUUUUUUCCUCAUUGUGAUCAAAAAAUCUCAUACAACAAUUAUGAAAUUAGCUUUUCAAGAACAGUGAAGAGAUUUAGUAGUGAUUCCGCAACUUAAAAAUCUACUUACACAUUAUUCAACAAGGUGUAAUUUUUUUCAAAAGGAUUUUGCAGCAAGAUAGCAGCAUAGAAGUGAAAAUUCUCAUAAAUUCAGAAUUGCAAUGGAGAUUUGCGAGAACCUUUAUCAAGGAGUGCACUGUCACUGACAACAAUGCUUGGAUUUCUACAUUAUUUUGAACAUGACUGGACUCCUGAGGCUACUGGGAGUUUCUGUGACUGAUGGAAUUGUCAUUACCACAGCAAAAUCCAAGCCGUUGUAUAUUUGAAGAGAGUUAUGAGAAAACAAAACAGUUACACUGGUUAAUACUAGCAUGUAAUUUUAUUAAGUGUAUCUUAUUAUUGGUGGUCUGACAUGAUAUUUGUUUUCCUGUAACUGUCUAGUGCAAUCACACUACAGCCUGUGAACCAGUCACCAAUUUUUCAAGUGUGUAAGUGAGGUUUUACAGUUUGCAUUUUAUACAAAUACUUAAAACUCAACUGUAAAUCUAAAACUCAUGGUUCCAAUAGAUUGAAGGAAUCUGUACAAUAUAAUUGGGUUAGUAUGGCACAUACUGGGAUAACGUCCCUUUUUAAAUUUUCACCUUGCCCCCACCUACUCUUUUUUUCUCUCCUGCCAUGUUAUGCAUGCUUGGCUGAAAGCCUAAUGAAAGUGUGAACUUUGCAGAUUUGACAAGUUGAGUGAAUUGUUGAUUUUGUUUGAUUUACAUUUGAUUAUAAAUUGUUCUUUCUGUGCUUUUCUUUUGUCAAUGUCUCAAGAAAUAAUUACUUGGUAGUACAAAACUUAAACAUUGUUGAAAGGAAACAAGAUGUUGAAGCCUUUCAACUUGCACUCAUCAGAAUUAGGAUGAAGGGUUUCGGCCUGAAACAUUGACAUUCUUGCUCCUCAGGUGCUGUCUGACUGCCAUGCUUUUACAGCUACACAUUUAUUGACACAAAAAAAGCAGACUUGCAGGGGAAAGAAAAACACCAAUUUAUACAACAUGAGAAGAGGCUGAAGAUUGGUUGGGCCAUUAGUGGUAUGAAGAGGCAGUAUGAACAGUUAACUGCCAGUCUUAGAUCUCAGAUUCGAUUGAGUCAGAAAUGUCACGACACCAGGCAAUCACCCAACAGGUUUAUUUGAAAUCACAAGUUUUCGGGGUGCUGCUGCUUUGUCAGGUGAAGUUAGCACUCUGAAAGGUUGUAAUUUCAAAUAAACCUGUUGGACUAUAACCUGGCCAUGUGACUUCUGACUUUGUCCACCCCAGCCCAACACCAGCACCUCCACAUCACAGAUUCAAUUAGUCAGGGGAUGCAGCAGAAAUUGGCUCUCUCUAUGAAAAAGAUGCAAUGUGCAUAUGGAUUCUUUGAGCCUAAAAAAUGCAAGGUCCUAUGUAUUCAUGUAAAUAGCUUCUAGUACACACAAAUACAUCACACUGUGACCUGACUCAUGAUCUUAAUCAUUUCCUGGUGUAAUUCUUAGCACAAUUUAAUAAAUAAUUUUCAAUAGCAACAUCACAUCUAAUGCUUUACACAUUUACUGGGACUUGCAAGCAUGGUCUGGUUGACCAACAGAUUUCAUGAAAACCAGGAAAAAACCCAGUGAACAAAGGCAGGCCUUCUAACCAGCCUACAUCAUCAUUUGCCUGCCUCCUUGGAGCAAAAAUCAUGCAAUUCAGAGCUCUCCAAAGCAAGGCGGAUCUGUGAGUCAUGAAACUUCCCAACUUGAGAGAUGGCAUGGUGACUCAAUGGUUAGUACUGCUGCCUCACAGCACCAGGGUUUGAUUCCAGCCUUGGGUGACUGAGAAGUUUGUGCUCUCCCUGUAUCUGUGUGGCCUUCCUCUGGGUGCUCCAGUUUCCUCCCACAGUCCAAAGAUGUGCAGAUUCGGUGGCUUGGCCAUGCUAAAUGAAGGGUUACAGGGAUAGGAUUUGGGUGGGAUGCUCUUUGGAGAGUCAGUGAGGCUCGGUGGGCCAAUGGCCUCUUUCCAUAUUAAGGAUUCUAUUCUCCUGAGAUAACUGCAUGUGAGCAUAUGACAUGCUUGAAACCAAAUGAAAAUCUAGCCCCUUAUCGCAAACCUGGUUUGGAGGUUUAUCAUUUUCUUUGAAAUGGAAUGAAAAAAAUUAAAAUAGUGCUCCUGAAUAAUUUGUGAUGCAGAAUGUUGAUUGGUGUUUCGAAAGUGUAUCAUUCCUUAACCAAUAAAAGCAGGAAUUUACUUAUUUUUAGAAAAAUUACUGACUUCGUCAAGUUUUGGUCAAAAUCCUUGCAGUUUCUGUGAGGUACUUGAACAUGUCCUUUGAAAGUUUUACACUUACAAUAAACUCAACUCAAAAUAUGAGCUAAAGAUAAUGUUAUAAAACUCAUAAACUGACAGCAAUUUUAGCUGAUGAAGUAUUUUUCAGAACAUGUCAUUUGAUUUAACUUCUAAGGAUCUAGGCUAGUGCUGUUCAAAGAUUUACUGUAGGUAAUACACUACUAUAACAGAGUAACUUAUUUUCUUAUGAACACUAUUAUCUGUUCCUAACACUAUUUAAAGUGGCAUAAGAAGAGAGUUUUAACUGCUGCAGAUUUAUUUGCACUUGACUCUACUUCCUUGCCUAUGUAUUUAGAGGAGUUUGCAGCUUGAAAGCACGGGAAAACCUACCCUAAACACAGUUCACCAACAUUACUACAGGAUAUAAGAGUAGAAGUUAUUCUGUUCAAUGUUUGGAUUUUUAUUAUUAAUUGGCCCUCCCCAGUGUCAAUUAGACUUUUUCCUAAACAAAUCCUUUAAGAAAUGAUAUUCCAAAAAUAGCUUUACAUGUUAAUCAUGUAAUCCUUAUAGGAACUUUGAGGCUGCAGAUUUGCACAAUACUCAGGUAGACCUUCCAGGUUCCAAAAACAUUGGAGAGUGAAGAAUUAGCAAGAUGCUGAAGGUGCAAAGUGUAUUCAAUCUGGUUUAGACUUAUUGAGGGCUCAUGGUAUUACCAACUUAUCAUUCGUUCUUAAUACCAAUACAUGUCUGGUUAAACCAUGUGGAUGAUAUUUUUUUCCAAAAAAAGCAUAUCACCCUUGGAAUGAGGGGUAGUUGGAGAGUGAUUUUUGAACUGUAUUAUGUGAUCUGUGUGUUGUAAUGUUUUAUUAAUAUUGGAUUAAUUACUCCAACUGCUGAAAGUUUUCCCUGCUGAAAGCAGAUCUCGAGGGAUCACAUUGAGUAGAGUUAGUCCACAGUUUUUAUGGAAGAAAAUCACCUAACACCACCCCCCAAAAUAAAUCUUUUGAGUGUCCAUUUUGAAGCAUAAAUUUAAUUUUCUGGGAAUAGUGCCCACCUUGGAACAUGUGAGUGAGUUGGCAUACAUGGAACUAAAACAUCAAAUAUUACAGCUCUGUUGCUAUGCCAUGUUUGUGCAAACAGAAUUUGCCUCAUGAAUACCUUAGUGCUGCACAGAAAACAAUUUUUACUGGCAGUAGUAUUUAAUGGAGGUGACAGGGACGUCUGUAUUAGGCAAAGCCUGCCAAAUUAAAUGUUAGUCAGUGGCUGACAGUUAGACACUACUCAGCAAUUGCCCACAGGAGCAGUGGCUGCUACAAGUAAUGCAACCAAUCAUGGCCUAGGAUUGAUGAGGGUCUUAGGCCACAGAUCUGUGGCAACAGGAUGGGGGUUAUGGAGCAGGGGAUUUUUGGUAACCAGAGUCGAGGUGGCUAUCAGCAGGACCACAGUUACCCAAUGCCACAUCCCUCAAUUAGGCCUUUGAAUGAUGGACUCGUCCAGGAGGACCACAAACAAAUCCUACAGGGUUUGAUUUCUGGGCAUGCUGUGUGACAAUCGUUCUGCCUGCUGCUGGGUAAAUCCCAAUGGUGAUGGAAUGCGGGCCUUAAGCAGCCAUGAUUUGAUUAAAAAUGACUCACCACCCCCAAACUUGCCUCAGAGAGAGUGUUAAAUUCUGCCCUGUGUGUCACUACAAAGAAGUUUUUAAACAAAACUAAGACAAAUGGUGGAUAUUAACAAUAGAAAAAUAUUUAAGAGAAUUGCUGCUAAAUACAAUUUUGUGUUUUCUUGAAGAGAUGUUUUGUUAAUGCACCUUAUAUAAAAAUGUAAAUAAUCUAUUGUAAUUAAUAUAAUGUUUAACUGAUUUAAUGAUUUUCAAUCUGUGUCUUAAUAUCAACAGGCUGAUUGUUAGUAUAGUAACAGGGGAUUUCCCUUGGCCAUUGAAGAUCAAUUUGAGGCAUAUCUUUGAUUUCAGAUAUAUUUUGAAAUGUGUUUGACAAUCACAUUAGGCAGAUAACUGGCUUAUAUCUCACAGAGCACUGUUGUUCCCAGUGACUGCCCUGCAGAUAUUUAACAGCCAGUUGGCCAUUAGUUAACCUUGAGGUGGUAAUUAUGCCCCUCAGUAACUGUAAGUUUUGUCUCAGAAAACUGCCAGCCAGAGAUUGGCAACUGUGCAGUGCAGGCAAUGUCACUACAAGUGCUGGCUACUGCUAGUACUCAAACAAGGUCUACAGCAAGGCACGUUCCAGUGGAGCCAGCUAACUCCAGGGGUCUUGCUGAGACCAAGCUGGAAGACGUAUCCAAGAAGAGUGAGGAGCUGGAUUAGAAAUGCCAGUGGAGAGGAAGUGGGGGAUGGUGUUAAACCCUUUGCAUGGGAGAGCUUCAGGGGGCCCAUCCCAUCCCAGCCAACACCACUCCACACAGGGAAAGCUGCCAAGCUGAACACUUGGCAUGGGCCUCUUGGGCAGCUGGUUAAAUCCCAGUGACAGUGGGAUGAGGCCCUUAAGUGAGCAUUGUUUGACAGUAAGGGCCUUUGUUGGCUCACUUCCUUCCCCACACUACUGCUGAUAAAUUAGGGCAAGGUAGGUGGGUAGGCGCAGAGCCUGGUGGAAUUUACAUGCCGUUCCCACCCACCUAGAAAGCCACCUAUGAGGGGAAGCAUUAAAUGAGAUGGAUUUCAUUGACAUCAGCCAAAAUGGCUAUCAAGGAGGGCAUCCUUAUUCCUCAUCAUUGUUGUCAAUUGUUUGACUUAUUGGGAAAUGGGGGUAAUUAUUGUGUAAGAUAUAAUUUGUAUACUUAUAGGGAAUUGGAAUUCAAUAUGUACUGUAUUUACUGAAAAUUAUUACUCCUGUAACAAUGCUACUUUAAAAUAAUCUUUUGAAUAUUAACUCAAGAACACCAAAUAUUUGUGUACUUCUGCAACAAGCUUGAAAUGCAAUGGGAGAUCCCCACACAAGAAAAAGAACAUCAAAAUAGGCAUCUCGUUCAAAUCAUUUUCAAUCUGGUAAUCAUGUUUUCUUGCUUUGGGUAAUUGCUGACAUUUGCAUGACGUUCAUCUUUUUAAAGAAGUUCUAAUAACUAGUGCCUGGAAUAAAAACGUUAUCUUAGUUUAACUGUGUUAGUCAGAGAAAGCUUAAAUUAUUUGUGUGACCAUCUAGAGCAAGUGCAAAUUAUUUGAAGAACACACUUUUGCUUACAUUUGAGGUAAACAUGGAGAAGUGAAACAUAUGUCUGUCAUUUCCUACCCUUAAAUUGGUUUUUGCAUUCUCACCUCAAAUUGUAAGGCUGAUCAUCAAUAAAUGUGCACUCAUUCUUGUGCAGACUUGUGGAUUGAAUAAACCUGAAAUAGUUUAUUGGUUUUAGCUUGUUAAAAAAAUGAACUAGAGAUUAAUAUUUGGUGGUGAAGAAUAAUUGACAUUAUACAUGCCAAUACGUCUUGAUGUAUCUGUUAAUGUCCAUGAGAAUUGUAAAUUUUAAUGUUGUGAGAUAGAUAAUUUACUUAUUCAGAAAUUCUGGAAACUAUUUGGGCAAUUUUGAUGGAUUUGUGUAAAUUAGAAAUUGACAUUCAAAUUCUGUUUCCAAGGCUGUAUCAAAUUCAUGAACAUGAUAAAAUAGUUUGGGGAGAGGAAGCAGGCAUCAGAAAAAUUGUUUAAAUAUUGAAGAGAAUCUGAAAUUAGUUGCAAUAUGCAUUGAAAUUCAAUAAUGACCUGUGACAUGACUUAAUGUGAAACAUUUUCCUAAAUAACUUACGCUUCUGAGCAUUUAUUCCUAGAAUGAAAAUCUAGAGGUCAAUGUGCACAAGUUGGAUUUCAGCAUGUUCCCAUAUCAUGUUUUCAUCAUUUUCUGUAGUGGAGACUUUUAGUAUUAAAUGCAACAGAAUGUAAAACAUUUCUCUAAUUUGGAAUAUUUACACAAAUGUGAAUAGCUUUUCCAGUGGAUUGAAAAUUCAGGGCUUCUUAUUUUUUAUUCCGGGGGUUCAUGGGUUUGAACAGGUUUGGUCAGCCACUGCAGUGUACCUGCCUGGCCUGACAUAUGUUUCAGCCGUUUCACAGUAUUUCUCAUCACAGCCUUCCUCCUAUGUCAGAGGUUAAAAACUAAGGGCCAGAGUUGACAGUGAUGCUGUGGAGAGCCUAGUGGUCAUAGCUUGUUAAAGCACAGUUUGUUUGUUUAACGUGUGUUCAACAAUUUGUGUUGUUCAAUUUCCCAGCAACAUUAAGAUGUGUGAAAUGGUUCUUUCGUAACAAGUCACCCUACUAAAGAAUUUCAGGAUAAAGUAGCAACUAAUAAGAAUAUUUUCCACUUAUUACCAGGGCUUUGUUUAUUACUUCAAUUAUCAACAGACUUUAUGCAAACCUUAUCUUGUUGGUGGUUUCUGAUGAGUGAGAUUGGUGUUUGCUUACCUGUAAGACCAUGAUUAAUUCUGAAAAUCUCUCUCUGUUGACUUUUUAACCUAUCCAAUUCUGUAGCCUUUGUGCUAGGGCAGAAAAGCUUAGAUAAGCAGUGGGCACUCUGUGGUUCAUGUGAUGCAACCCUCGGUAAGAUUCAAAUCUUACAGACCUCCACCAGGUAUAUUUAAUUAUCAGAGAAAUGUAUUAUGAUCAUACUCUGCAGAAUUUGAUUGUCCUGCUGAAAAUAGGAAGUUAGUGUGUGGACAUUACAUGUAUGUGGAGAAAAGUCAGCCUUAUCCAUCAUGAGAUUGACAACAAAAACAACUUGUAUGGAUAUGUCACCUGUAACAUGAGAUAUUAGAACAGUUGGUUAAAAAGAUAGGUUUUAAGGGAUGUCUUAAAGGAGAAAAACAAGCCAGAGAGGAUUAAGGAGGAAAUUCCAGAGUUUAGGACUCAGCAGCUGAUAGCACAUCUGGGAUUAGAACAGCAAUUAAAACUGGCUGUUAAAUAUCAGUGGUGGAACAAGACAAAGAAUUUAGCAAUAACCUACCUCAUGCAUGAUGUGAAAGAAUCAGAAAUCUGUGUUUGUGAGCACUGCCCUUAAGUGUACUGCUUGUAAAUACAUCAAACUAUUAUCAACCUUUUAGUAUGCACACAAGCCUUAAGACAUUUCCAAAAGAUAAUGUAUUUUUUUUGAGAUAGCAAUACUGACACUUCACCUGCCAUUGACAGGUGUGCUUUUGCGGCUAGCUAGGGCUAGGCAGAUUAACUUCCAAGCUGUCAUUUUAUUUUUAAAUGUACCCCAUAAAGUUCCAUCAAAGCUUGCAAAGGUAUUAUUCAAUAUUUUCGCUUUAAACAACAGACACCUAUGGAUGACUCUUUAGAAAUCUGCCUGUCUGACUGUGCCACCUGUCUGACUGUGCCAGUUGAAUCCACAGAUCUCCUGUUUGAUACUUGACACAAAGAACUCAGUGAACUCAGUUAUCAUUGCACACAUUACUAAGAAUCUGAAUUCAUAUCAGCUAUUUUUGGAUGUUUCCAAUCGUCAUUAAGUUAUAUGCUUCUUUUAAUGCCCCAUGACAGUUUUUAGGCUCAAGUGUUGGUCCUUGUCCUAAACCUUAGUUUCUAAUUUAUGGUGUUUUCUUGAGUGUUCUCUCCCACCAGCCAAGUUAAUCUGUUGAGGCCUCACUUCCACCAAUUUCUAACUCACAUUGGCAUUCCCCACUUCUUUUGCUUUUGUUACCAAGAAUGCCAUUCAUUUUAAGCUCUUAGUCACUUCAACAUGAUGCUAAAUUUCCUAAAUCUCCAGUUAGGGACUGCAAAGCAAUUAAUAGGUUGGGCAUUAUACAGAAUAGUUGCUUCCUCCAAAUAAAAUUCAAAAGAUAUUUGUUUUAACUUAACCCAAGUUAAACAUGAAUCCAGUCAUCUCUAACCUCUGAGAGAUUAAAGGUUAUUUUGACACGUAAGUGAUGGAGUUUGCCCUCUUUGUGGUCAUUUAUUUGAGGGAGAUGGCUAUAUCAUAAACAUUGAAUAUUCUAAAAGGGCAAAUCCUUGUUCCUUGAGGUUUAGUGGGCAAAUACAUCACAUGAUAUAGUACUGAGCCAAAAGGACCAGGUCUGAUCCUGGGCCUUUGAUGAAAUAGCUGAUCUUAUCAGGGAUAAUAGAAGAGACACUGCAAUAAAUCUCAGCUACAUAGCUGUAGGAGGGAAAUAAAUCAGUUGGACUCCUGGUUCUUGUUGGAAGUGUACAUGUGUGGAUAUAUCGAAUGUAAAUCAGUUUGGGAUGAGCUGUGAUGACUCCACAGUUAAGUAUUCUACUGAAAAUGCAAACUUACGUCAUACUCCAUUACAUGUUGGCACUUUUAGGAAGGGUAAGGUACGGGGUUGAUUUAACAAUACUAUUCUACCGAAUGUUCUUUAUGCUGAAAAUUGGUGAGUUAUAGGAUACCAUUGUUUUUGAAUAGGACUGAGUUUGACUUUUAAUGUAUUCAGUUUAUAAAUGUAAAUUUUGGAGUGAUGUGAUUCAAAUAUCACUCCCUAGACUUUAUUAAAAUUCCAAAAUAUAUAACAGGAAUAAUGUGCAAGUUCCUUCCCAGCUUUACCUCUAUCGGUAUGGUAGUAAGUGCAACAUCAAUUCAAAAAGCACAAUUUAGUUUUGCAAUUUUCAAAACCUCUUGUCUUAAUAUUCCAUUGUUUCUUUGUUGUUAGUUCAGCCAAAAGCAAAAUAUUGCAGAUGCAAGAGAAAGUCUGUUUUCUGUUUGUUUCAGAUUUUCUAAAUCCACAAUACUUUGCUUUUGUUUUAGAUUUGGAUCAGUUUGUUUCACACUUGAGCCAUUAAGUGUUGAAGCUGUGCUUUCUGAUUUGACCCGUUAGUUGGUUCAUUUUAACAUCUUGUUUGACAGGAAUGUAAUUGACUCAUCUUUGUAAUACCUCCUUGUUUCAUUCUAUUUUAUUGUACAAAGAAUUAUUGUACAGAGAAUGUAAUUUGAAAUUCUAUUAAAGAUAUAUGAAAUGCA